AUCAUGGGACUCAACACACGUGUCUCACCCUUUCUGCUGACUGGAUUUGUGGGCCUGGAAAAGGCCCACCACUGGAUCUCCAUCCCAUUAUCUGUAGUCUACAUCUCCAUCCUUCUUGGCAACAGCAUUCUCAUAUUUCUCUUCAGAAAUGACCAUAGCCUUCAGGAGCCUAGGUACUAUUUCUUAGCCAUGCUGGCAGCUGCAGGCCUUGGGAUGACCCUGAUUACCAUGCCUACUGUGCUGUGCAUGGUGUGGAUGAGUCGCAGAGAAAUGAGCCGUGGAGCCUGCUUUCUUCAGGCCUACUUCAUCCAUAGUCUCUCCAUCAUAGAGUCUGGAAUUUUGCUUGCCACGGCCUAUGAUCAGUUCAUUGCCAUGCACAACCCUCUGAGAUACACUUCCAUUCUUACCAACACUCAAGUGAUAAAGAUUAGGGUGGGCAUUUUUAUGAGGGGAUUUGCUCUCAUCUUGCCCCCAAUACUGCCUCUCUAUUGGUUUUCCUGUUGCAGAUCUCAUGUCCUCUCUCAUGCAUUCUGCCUCCAUCAGGAUGUUAUAAAACUCUGUGCUGACAUCACCUUCGAUCACCUGUAUCCUAUUGUGGUGAUAUUUUCUAUGGCCCUACUGGACUGUCUGACAAUCUUUUGCUCCUAUAUUAUGACUCUCAAGACUGUCGUGAGCAUUGCUUCUGGAGAGGAGAGGGCCAAAGCCCUCAACACUUGUGUCUCCCACAUCUGCUACAUCUUAGUCUUCUAUGUCACUGUGGUUGGUUUGACAUUCUUCCACACAUUUGGGAAGAAAGCCCCUCAUCUGGUACACAUCACAAUGAGCUACAUCUAUUUGUUUUUCCCCCCUUUUAUGAAUCCUGUCAUCUACAGCAUUAAAACUAAGCAGAUUCGCAGUAGCAUACUCCAGUUAUUCUCUCUGCCAUCAUCAAAAACAUGA